AUGCCCUCCCUGUUUGAGCGUAUCAGCAAGAUCUUGGUCAAAGAGAUUGGAGCCGAAGACCUGAGGCCCAUGAGACCCCUGGAGAGCGUGAAGAAAUACCGCUCGCCGUCGAUACUACGGAAGAGGAGGACCCGCUCGGGGUUCUGGGAAUCACCUGACGUGCCGGCAGAGUACACCCUCACGGACUUCCUGGAGCCAGGCUCUUCAGUCCCAGAAAUUGAUGUCUCAGGACCGUUUCACCUCAGUGACUCUGUGGGCCAGAAGCAGAAGGCUUCUACCAACGUGACCGCUGGGCUAGAAGUGAAUGUGUCAAGGGAAGCUACUGAAUGCCGUGGAUCCUCCCUCCAGUUUCAAGUUGUUAGUAUCCUGACCCAUAAAUGGAAAGACCUUCAAAAGAGGAAAGCACUGGAUCCAAAGCUGUUACUGCUGGUGAAGUCCCAGGACAGAGGGAACAAUCUCUAUGUGGUGACAGAGACCGUGGAGCUGACCCAGAGUACUGAGCUGCAUGACAGCAGAAGUGGUCAAUGCCAGGGAGAGGUUCACAAAGUGACAGAGAAGAUGCUGACUCUGUCACAGGGCACGGUGUUGGCCUACAAGAGGAAGCAGCUGCUUUUUGAGGAGAAUGGCUGGGAUAUUCUCACCCCAGAUGACGACAAGCCGAAAACCUUUCCAGGGCGCGCCUGGGUGUUCAAGUCGGGAAACACAAAAUGGUUCACAGGUUUUAUACCGUUACCAGGAAGAGAAUGCAGAUUCCUCCUGCAAGAAUUUGAGCACCUACAGGAGGAGACUUUCCAGGAAAUGGAGGCCCUGUCCCUGCUCUCACAGGACGCUCAGGAUGCUAUAUUCCAUACUAUCCUGAACAUGCUUGGGAACCAAGAGGCUUUGCAGGACCUCACGGAUGAGCUGGAUAGGAACCCCUGGGAUCCUUUGGAUAGCUUUGGUGGCAAAAUCCUAAAUGAGAUGCAAGAGGACAUAAGAGACCUAUGGAUCCAGGAAAGAUUUCACAUCAUUUACCUCCUUGAAGCCAUAAUGGUGCUGAGUGACACCCAACAUGAUCUGCUGGCCCAGUCCAUGAAGAAGAAGAUCCUGCUCCAGCAGCAGGAGCUGGUAAGGAGCAUCCUGGAGCCCAACUUCAAAUACUUCGAGGAUAUCCCCUUCACCCUCAAACCUGAGCUCCUUGCCACACUCCAGGAUGAGGAUUUGGCCAUCACCUAUGGCCUUCUGCAGGAGUGUGGCCUGAAUAUGGAGCUGAACAGCCCCAGCUCAACCUGGGAUCUGGAAGCCAAGCAGCCCCUGUCUGCCCUGUAUGGGACCCUCUCCCUGCUGCAGCGGCUGGCAGUCAGUCCAGAGAGGCCUGCCCCCCCCCACAGUCUAUGCUGGGAGCUUCCCUAA